GCCCGCGCCUGCAACCGCCGCACCUCGCCUUCGGGGGAUAAGGCUUAUCCCCGCGACUCCGCAGCCCCUCCUCACGCCUAUAAAUUCCCCGAUGCCCCUCGUUCGAUUCUGCCACUUUGCUUCCCCCCUCACUCAUCACAGCCGCCGCCUUCGUCAGUUCGAUCUCGCCGGAGCCGGAGGACCUCGCCGUCGUUUUUUGUUGCCCGUUUCGCCGGAGACGCCGCCCCGACGACCUGCAUCCUCGUCGGAGCACGGAGCCGCCGCCCUUCACUCCGCCCGUCCAGGCCACCCCGACGCGCGCCGUCACCACCACUGGACCGCCCACGUCGCGCCCGUCCCAUUCGACUCCUCCCCCGCCACCGAGGAGCACCGCAGCCGCCGCCCCGUCCGCCGCCUAAGGCCAGCACGGCCGUUCCCUGUUCGUCAUCGUCAUCACUACUGUCCGGAGUGCGAAGCCGAGUACUAUCGAUCUCUAGAAUUCAACUAUCAGUAUCAAGGAAUUUCUAUGACGAGUAACAGUUACGUUGUAGGGUUACGGUCUACACUCAACUUGCCGUUGGCGUUGAUGGGACUCCACACCUGUUCGAUUGUUUCCGCUGAGACUUAAGAGAUGAUGAAUGAAGAUGGGCUUGUAUUCUCUGGACCGAUCACUCAGUGGGAGGCAGAGCUAUGGAUUCAAAACAUGGAGAAUCACUUCGGGAGAAAUUUAGUUGCAAGGAAGUAUGAGGUUCAAUACGCUCUUCAGUACUUUACAAAAAGUGAUGCAACCUGGUGGAAAAUGCAUCAGGCCAUACAAGGAUGUAAUGGAGCAAAAACUUGGGAGGAAUUGAAGAAGACUCUGUUGGGAUCCCGUCUUAUCCGGAAGCAUGUUGAUAACCCGACGAAGAAACAUUGUGCCUGCAAGAUAUGCGGAGAAAUAGGACACACCCAUGAAGAACACAAGGAUGGAUGCCAUCAUUGUGAAGGAAAUCACCGAGCUGAAGAAUGCCCAACUAGGCAGGUUACUUGUUUCUUGCGUGAAGGAACCACGCACUACCCUGCCCAGUGUCAUAUUUACCCCAAGGUACAAGAAAUUACCAAGCGGCAGAAGGAAGCAAUGAAAGAAGCCCUCAGGGAAAGUUUAAAAGAACCUGUGAUGAAGGAAGAUGUUGACGACCCUAAUGGAGAAGGCCUAAACAGAUUUUACUCCAAUGCGUGCUAUUCAUGUGGAGAAGGACAUUUUUCACUGUAUUGCAUGAAGCAAAGCCAAGAGUAUCUGGGAGACUUCCCGACAGAAGAAGUGGAGUUUGAUCGACAAGAGAUAGAAGAAUUGGUCGGAACGAAGAAGUCAAGGACGAGAAGGAGCAUGUGUCCCCAGAACAACCCAAUUUCGGCAGAAAAGGACCUGAGUCAUAUCACUUGUUACAGGUGCAAGGAUCUAGGACAUUACGCUAGCAAAUGCCCAGCAAGGAAGCCAAGAACCCAAGGAACCAAGAUAGCCACCAGGAAGCCCCUGGAUUUGUCUGAAGUCAUUUCUUUACGCUGCAAAGGAGUAGGGCAUUUUGCCAGAGAAUGUUCAGACCCGAGGAAAGCUUGAGCAGAGUAGUUGAGAUCUUGAUAUUGGAAUAUAGCAUGUAAAUAUACUUUUAUUUUCAUUGAGGAUGUUGAGUUGAGUUAUGAAAUGGAAAUUGUAAUAGCUCAAGAAGCAAUAAAAGUUGAUGUGGUUGGAAUCUCAUAUGAGAUGUUA